UGUUUGUAGAGACAUUUGCGUGAACAGUCGUUGACGCAUGGGUUUCGAUGGUGUCAAAACGUGACACAACGAUGGAGAGUUUGCUCUCCCGUGCUGCUCAACAUUUAAUGGGCACUCCGAAGCAAGCUGGUGAAAAGCAGGUGAGUGAGACACAGCGGGCUCUCGCCAGUCAUGGGGAUUCUCUCAAGUCUUUGAUAAAUCACGUGCUGCUUAGCAUAGUGACUUCCGAACAGGAUAAGGAAAUUGUUCAGGUCAGAAGGAGUGGAAGCUUGUAUCGGCGGCUUGAUGACUUGAACAAGUACACCAUCUUCCAAGAGAUCCCGCUACCAUUGAAGGAGAACCUGGUGCAUUUGGGGCUCAGGGAAGAGCUGCUGAACCGCGCCAUGGGUUCCAUGCUCGGCAUGGCUGUGGGUGACUCCUUGGGUCAUCCCUUUGAGUUUUUGCCAGUUCAAGAUCGGCCUGUUGGGCCACACUUUGAUUUUGGGAAGUUCGAAUUUAUUGAUGCAUCCAACGCUUUCCAGCUGAAGCGUGGCCAAUGGACUGAUGAUGCUGCCAUGGGCCUUUGUAUGGCCGACUCAUUGAUUUUGAAACGGGACUUCGAUGGAAGUGACAUGAGAGUUCGAUUCUGGUGCUGGUGGAAUCGAGGCUACAACAACGCCUUUCGCAAGGACCCCACCCGAAGCUCGUCGGUGGGCUUGGGUGGGAACAUUGCCAAAUCUUUGAACGACUUGUCCCAUUUGUUGCCUGGAGAAUUGCCACCGCCUGCCUUCAAAGCUGCCACAGAAGAUGCAGGGAACGGGAGCCUCAUGCGUUUCACGCCCGUGGCGAUUUUCUUUCAUGCUGCUCCUGUGGAAGAGUUGCUUCACUUUGCCAGACUCUCAUCUUACACCACGCACCCGGGAAUCAUUGCAGCUGAAGCUUGUGCAUUCCUUGCCUUCCUGAUCAUGCGUGCCUUGACUCGGAAAGGCCCUGAAAGCUCCAUGAACGCCAAGCAGUUUCUAGAGAAAACCUCCCAGGAAUACCUCAAGGUGUCCGGCCUGGAGAAGCAAAAAGGUUGGGGAUAUGACCAAAUGAUUUGGCUUGUUCAGUCACACCCAAUCAAUCCCACUGAGAGAUGUUGGGAUUGGAAGUCUCCAGAUCUUGAUAUUGCUGGAACCUUGCGUGCACGAGGGCGCACAUACAAUGGCUAUCCAGUUUCUUCUGGUUACUUUGGCUCAUACUCCUUGGAUGGCUUGGCUCUGGCCCUUUGGGCCUUCUAUCACACGACUACUUUUGACGAUGCAGUUGUAAAAUCAGUGAAUUUGCUUGGUGACGCUGACAGUCAUGGUUCAAUCACAGGGCAGCUGGCUGGAGCCUUCUAUGGAUACAGCAGCAUCAGUCCCAGAUUCGUCGACUGGGUCGCACGCUGGGAUGACCAUGAGUUUGCUUGCCGUGGGGCGAUUUUAGCACACCUGGGCGCAAGGGCGGCGGUCGAUGCGGCGCGCACGCCGCAGGUCACAUCCCUGUGACGUUUUUUCCGCCCAGACACCGCUUGUGACAUGGCUAGUUUGUUUUGAGAACAGGUGAAGGUCCCCCCCAAAAAUGAGGC